GUUUCAGGAACCAGCGGUUUGUCUCGUCGCUCGCUUCACCAGAACCUCAGAGAACACGAAGAAGAAGAAGAAGAAGAAGGAGAAGAAGAAGAAGAAGAAGAAACACGCUCAGUAGAUAUAAUAAAGCCAUAAUGUGUCAGGUCAUCUCUCCGUGUGAGGUUGUUGUGUAACACCGUCAGAAGCUCUCCGUUCAAUGUGAUUUGGCGUUCCCCACCAUGUCCAGAAGUGGGUUGGCCAAGUGUUUUAGGUCAGGGGCGACCCCGGGCCUGUGUGAGCCCCCUCAAGGUCCGGGCAUCCAUGUUUACCUGUUCUGGUCUAAGGAAGGGGAACGAUAUCUGUCCCACACGAGUGGAAGAGUCACAGCAGAGGGGCUGUGCAUCUCAGCUGCGGAGGCUGUAGGGAUAACUCCUCUGUGCCAUGUGUUGUUUGCUCUGUACAAUCCACAAUCACGUUGCUGGUACAGUCCAAACCACGAUUUCAGUCCUGAGGACUUCAGCCUCGUACUUCACUACUGCAUGAGGUUUUACUUUCGGAAUUGGCACGGAUUAAAUGAGAAAGAGCCAACUGUAUCCCGCCAUGCCCUCAGGUCCGGAUCAAGUCCGGGGGGUUCCCCUUUGCUUGAAAUCACAUCCUUAGAGUACUUAUUCUCCCAGGCAAAAUAUGAAUUUGUGAACGAAGUAGUCCAAAUGGAAGACGUUAAGUCAGAGGAGGAGAUGAGUCGCUUCAAAAAUGAGAGUUUGGGGAUGGCUGUACUCCAGCUCUCACACCAGGCAAUGCAAACAGGCUGCACCUUACAAGAUGUUGCAGAAAAAGUCAGCUACUUGCGAUGCAUUCCAAGGUCUUUCGCCAAACACAUUUCCAGAGACAACUUCCUGACAAAAAUCAGGAUCAAGCGGGUGUUUGCAGAGUUUGUGCGGACCUUCCAGCAGCACACUGUGGAUAAGGGGCGACUGGGCGCCCACGAGAUCAUGUACAAGUACAUCUCUACUCUCGAACACUUGGUGCCGCGUUUUGGAACGGAGACCUUCGCAGUGCCCUACCUGGAGCUGAGAGAGGACGGGGAUGGAGGUUACUCUAACAACGCCCACGCGCAGGGUGGUGCCUCUAAGGACAACUUCAUCGGCCCCGCCACACAUGAGAUAAUGGUGUCUGGCACCAAGGGGAUUCAAUGGAGGAAGGUGUCUGUGCAGAAGGCGCAGGAAAACACUUACCUCAGGAACGACUACAUGAAGAAAACAAAACAACAGUCCAGCGAACCGAAUGCGAACACUCCCGACAAAUGGACGUCCUUCUGUGAUUUCCCUGAAAUAACUCACAUAGCCAUCACUGGAGAUAAAGUGUGCAUUAGCACUCUGGACAAUCACUGCAUGGAGGUUGAGAUGAACUCCAGCCAGGAGGCCCGUUCCUUCAUCUCCCUCCUCGAUGGAUACAACCGGCUGACUGCAUUCGCCCACCACUAUCUUUGUCAUGAAGUGGCUCCCCCAAGGGUAGUGCUGAGUGUAGCAAAUGGACUGCAUGGACCUAUGCAUGAUGAUUUUGUGCUGCUGAAGCUGAAAAAGGAGGCAGCAGAGGAGGGAGCUUUCCUGGUACGUUGGAGUGCUCUCGACUAUCGCCGCAUCAUCCUAGCUGUCCUGAGCAAAAGUGAGAACGGAUCAAAGCCGAGCCACAAGCAGUUUCGGAUUCAGCUCAAGGGUUUGAUGUUCUGUCUGGAGGGCUGGGAUCGAGAAUUCUCCACUAUGAAGGAGCUCACUGAAAGCCUCAAGACCUUCAUACUGAAGUCUGGUUCAGACAGCUUUACCGUCAGGAAAUGCUGUUUGCCAAAACAAGCAGAGCUAUCCAACCUUGUGGUGAUGAGGCAAGGUGCUUCCACUGAAAACUCGUCCCUGAACAUGACCCAGUUACGCUUCCACCAGAUCAAGGACACGGAGAUCGUACAGGAACUGCAUCUGGGCCGCGGAACCAGAACUAACAUCUACUCAGGACGUCUGCUGGUGCAAGGUGGAGGAGAAAACAGAAAGGAUGACGAGUUCAACAACAACUCUGCUGAGCGCCAAGGGAUCCAAGUGGUUCUCAAGAUUCUGGAUCAAAGCGAUAAAGAUAUUGAUAUAGGAUUUUUGGAGACUGCAAGCCUCAUGAGCCAGGUGUCCCACAGUCACCUGGUGUUCGUACAUGGCAUGUCAGUCAAAGGAUCUGAAAACAUCAUGGUGGAAGAAUUUGUGGAAUUUGGGCCUUUAGAUGUUUUCCUUCGCAAAGAAAAGGCGUCAGUGACUCCUCAGUGGAAAUUCAUUGUUGCAAGACAACUUGCCAGUGCCCUCAAUUAUCUUGAGACCAAACGGCUGGUUCAUGGAAACGUCUGUGCCAAGAACAUCUUGGUGGCGAGGCGUGGUCUGGAGCACGGCACUACUCCGUUUGUGAAGCUGAGCGACCCAGGAAUCGCCCUGAGUGUCCUUUCCCGGGAAGAGCGCCUUGAGCGUAUCCCGUGGAUCGCCCCUGAGUGCGUUGACAGCGAUGCACCCAUCGGCAUUGCUGCUGACCAGUGGAGCUUUGGCGCCACGCUGCUCGAAAUCUGCAACAAUGGCGAUCUUCCCAUGAGUAGCGGCACGUUGUCCGAGAAAGAGCGCUUCUAUCAGCAGAAGGGCCGUUUAGCUGAACCGUCAUCCCAGGAACUUGUCACCUUCAUCAGCAUGUGUUUGACCUAUGAGCCCCGGGAGAGGCCUUCAUUCCGCACCGUGCUCAGAGAGCUCACAGAAAUCAUGAUCAAAAAUCCUGAUAUCUCCCCCAGUGAAACUCUCCCUGACACGGACCCAAGCAUCUUCCACAAACGCUACCUGAGGAAGAUGCGUCUCUUAGGAGAGGGUCACUUUGGAGAGGUGACUCUCUACCUGUAUGACCCGGCCAACGAUGGGACAGGAGAGCGUGUGGCAGGGAAGGCUCUGAAACAAGAGAACGGUCAUAUUCCUGAGGGCUGGAUGAAGGAGAUCGAGAUCCUGAAGUCUCUUUAUCACAGCAACAUUGUCAAGUACAAGGGCUGUUGUACUGAACUGGGAGGACAAGUGGUGCAGCUGAUAAUGGAGUACCUUCCUCUGGGGAGUCUGCGAGAGUACCUCCCCAAACGUAAACUGGGAAUGCCCCAGUGCCUUAUGUUUGCUCAGCAGAUCUGUCAGGGUAUGGAGUACUUACACUCUAAGCGAUACAUCCAUCGAGACCUAGCUGCCCGUAAUGUCUUGGUGGAAAAUGAGGGUUUGGUAAAGAUUGGAGACUUUGGCCUGACGAAGUACAUCCCUGAAGGCUCGAUCUACUACCGUGUCCGUGAGGAUGGGGACAGUCCAGUGUUCUGGUAUGCCAUUGAGUGCCUGAAGGAGAGUAAAUUUUCCUUCUCCUCUGACAUUUGGUCGUUUGGCGUUACGUUGUAUGAGAUCCUGACCCGCUGCGACCAUCGCCAAAGCCCUCCAACCAAGUUCUCUGAGAUGAUGCAGGGAACUCACGGACAGAUGACUGUGAUGAAUCUCAUAAAACUGUUGGACAAGCAGCUGCGGUUGCCGCGUCCCAAAGACUGGCCGCAUGAGGUGAGGAAGAUAAUGGAGCAGUGUUGGGAUGCAGAACCGGCGGAACGGCCCUCGUUCAGAUCCCUCAUCGAGAGGUUUGAGGCCAUUCGCCAAACAUACGACUGGCAGUCGAAUAUAAACUUUUCCUCGGCUCAGAUUUGCUGAUCAGAACUCUGAAGAUCUGCUUGUCUACAUGUCAUCACUUUGCCACUAUGGCCACCGUAUAUUAGUGUUUCUGCAUGCUGCCUCCAUUUAGAUGUCUUUAUACUGUGGGUUUCCUUUUGAUAAACGCACACUGCUCUCCUCUCAUAUGUGAUAUAUCGGUGUGUUUUUCUUGGCUGGUGAGUUAAACUUCAUGAAGAAAGGUGAAGCCUUGGGCAGUCAGCCACGGUAGUGGCUAGAAGGGAACCAGCAAACUGGGUAAACUCUCGCGUGAUUCAGGUUAGACAUCCAUCUCGAGUGGUUAUGAUUAGGAUAGGUCGUCGGGCAGCGAGACUCGUGAGAGCUUUUGCAGAUCUCAGAUAAGAUGUUGCAAUUUGUGGGCUCCCUUCCAGACACGGCCGUCAGCCAGAGUGUCAGCUUUUGUCUUUUAAAAGUUCUAGGUUUGCAUAUAUCACAGUAAGUAUUAAGACGAUUACCAUCUUUCAUUUUGUGUUUGUACAUUUUGUGUAUGUUAACUUUGCAUUUAAUUUUGUAUAAACCAAAAGAACAAAUUCAUAAUCGAAUAAACCAUUUUUCAUAUGAUCUUUUAUUAAAGACCGAAAUAGAUUGA